AUGGUGGAACUCGAUAACCGCCACAAGACACUCAUAUCUGCAAAAACCAGUCGUAUGACCCGAACGAAUCCAAGCUCCGUCCGCGAUCGAGGACAAGAAAUGAAAUAUUUCUGCGAAGAGUCGCAUCUCCAUAAGCGGAAGAGAACGGAACUGGAAAUGGAAGAAAGGGAGAGAGAUUCCGUGGGUGGACCGUUCAAAGCACGGGAAGUCUUUGGGUCUGUGAACGAGGCCGGCGUUUUCACCCUCCGUGGUAGACAAGAGGGUGGACGACGAGGCAGAAGAACAACGACGAGCACGACCAGUACAACAACGUCCAGCUCGACGUUGAUUUCUCUGUCGGACGAGGUGGCGCAGCCCGCGGCCCUUUUAGCCCACGAAGAGGACUUAUGGUCUACCAGCUCCUCCGCUACAACCAACGUUCCACUAUCCUUGGAUACAGCCGCCACACCGUCAAAGCCACCCUUGGAAAUGAUGGUGAAAUUUCACAGCAAGCUCAUACUGCCGUGCGAGCUUGAAGCAAAUUACUCGAGGCUACUGCUACCUGGGGCAACAAGCUACAGAACACGACCAGCGACAUGGCUACACGACGGAAGUCCGGUGGAUAUGAUUACAAUCAACACGAAAACGGAGAUGAGCGGAACUGGCCACAGAUAUAUCGGAGACUCUAUCACGGCCGAAUUGCAUAUAGACAACGUCAGAUUGGAAGACGAUGGUAUAUGGAGCUGCACGAUCGAGAAUGAUCAAGGAGAGAUACUAGCCGGCAGGCCUGUGAAGCUCGUCGUUCUCGAUGCGCCCCGGGGGACGUAUCUUCUGAUAGAUGGCCGAAGGUUGGAUCCUGGAAACCAGUUUGUGCCGGUGAAAGAGGGGUCGGAGUUGACCCUCCAGUGUGCCGCCGAGGGUGGAAACCCACCACCCGAUUUAGCAUGGGAAAUGACUUUGUCUCAAGCCACUUUGGACGGUCCAGAACAACUACCGGGCAAUUUGACCGUGUUGCCCUCGACAUCUGACCGACACAGCGGAGCUCACCUUACAGUCCUUAGGGGACAUCAUAACGCCACCAUCACUUGUGUCGCGCGUCACGUCACUUUGCCGAUGCCAGUCAACGCGAGCAUACUGUUGGACGUGCAAUAUACUCCGUCGUUCGCGAUAACACGUUUACCUGGUUUUGGAAUUCCCAUCGUCGAGGGGAUGUCUGUCAGCAUGAAAUGCGAGGUGGACAGCAAUCCGGCUAGCACUCCAAUUUGGCAAAGGGACAAUGGACGGCCUAUCGAGCAGGGCGACGACGGAUGGUUGAACUUCACAAAAAUCACCAGAACCGACAGCGCUUGGUACAAAUGUUACACCAAGCAUAAGCUCGGGAUAUUCACCAGCAUCGGUUAUUUCCUCAAUGUUCGAUAUGAUCCAGAUAUGGAGAUGGAAGCCGAAGCGUUGAACGGGGAGGCAACCGAUUCCCGAAAGAUGGAAGUUCAGAUCGGUGGUGCAGUGACUUUAGAGUGCGAUGGUGGCUGCUGGGGACAUGGUCCUGGAAUGGAACCAGUUGGUGGACCUGGACGAUUGAAUCUUAGUCGAGUCGUUUACCAAGAAGCUGGCGAGUAUCGAUGCGUCGCACCUGACAGGAAAAUGCAGGACAGGUGGCGUGCACAGCUGCCGUAUCACAUCAACGUUACCGGUCGACCCAUGGUUUAUCCGCCUAGUCAAACAGUGACUGCAAAGGAGGGUGAACCUUUGAAUAUCAUCGUCAAGUUUUGCGCUAAACCGAGGUACACCAAGGUGUUCUGGAUGUCGGAAGAAAACGUUUACGUACCUGGUGCGCCAGCCCGAGACGGGGUUCAAGCGAUUGCUAUCGAG